UCACAAAAAAUUUGAUCCCAAUUGAAAAGAAGAGAAAAAAAACAAUUUCUUGUCAUCAUCAUCAUCAUCAAGAUUAUUGAUCAUCAUCUUGAAUUCAAGAACAUGACAGGCUCUGGAUCCCCUUGUGGUGCCUGCAAAUUCUUGAGAAGAAAAUGUGUCAAAGGGUGUGUUUUUGCACCAUAUUUCUGCCAUGAACAAGGAGCUACACAUUUUGCAGCUAUUCAUAAGGUUUUUGGGGCCAGCAAUGUGUCGAAACUUCUUGCUCAUUUGCCCGUUAGCGAUCGAUGUGAGGCCGCCGUUACGAUCUCCUACGAAGCUCAGGCAAGGCUGCAAGAUCCCAUCUAUGGCUGUGUUUCUCAUAUCUUUGCUCUCCAGCAGCAGGUUGUGAACUUGCAGGCUCAAUUAGCUUCACUGAAGGAAUUGCAGGCCUCUCAGAGCAUCAUGAAUUCUUCGGGAAACCCUAAUAAUGGCGAUCAGAAAUUGUUUCAUCAAGAUCAUGUAGAGUUAUCUUUCCAGGGGGGGAUGAUGAUGCCCCAAUUCGAUUCUUCGAGCUAUGGCUUCAAUGGCAGCUUGGAAGAUGUGGCCUACUGCGCCAUGAAUAAUUAUCCUCCUGUGAAGUAUGAGAAUUCUUACUGCGAGAACACGAGCUUCGAUUCGAUGUCGAUUAAUGAGAGGCAAUGGCCAUUUCAGGAUGAUGCCGAUGAGCUGCAGUCUGCUGCCUUCAGAUACUUUCACCAUUCCUGAUUAUGGAAAUUAGGGCUAGUUUGGGUAGAAUUAUACAUUCAUAUAAUUAAUUAAUUCAUACGCCAUGGAUGAAGAUUAU